AUGGAAGCUUGCAAAAAAACAGGUGCCAUUUUGGCGUUGUUGUUGUUAAUGGUGGCGACGGCGGCCGCCGGCGGCGGUGGGAGGUUGGCAAACGACGAAGACAACUCCAUUUGCGGAUUGAGCUUGGAGGAGCUGAUGAGUUGCAAGGAGGCAGUAACGGCAGGCAGUCAUAAUAAUCCGCCAUCGCCGCCGUCCACUACUUGCUGCGCAGCUCUUUCCAAAGCAAAACUCCCCUGCCUAUGCAACUUUAAGAACAACGACGUCCUUAUCAAAACCUUCAAAAUCAAUCCCGCCCUCGCGGUGGCGCUCCCCGCUAAGUGUGGCCUUCCUCCGCCACCUUGUGCGGCGGCUUAG